AAAACUGAAAUUGAAGAGAAGUGGGGAAUCAGAUCCAUUUCUUUGGAAGGGUCAGACGUCUGUGGAGGUCCAAUACUAGAAGAACCAAGUAAUAAGAACAUUCACAGUAGGAAGACACAGUGGAAAAGCUCUCCGGAGAUAAAGAUGGAGAAGAUUCACCUCACCAAAUAUCAACCAUUUCAUACAGAAGAGAAACGAUUUCAGUGCUUGGAGUGUGAAAAGCAAUUCAAUCUCAACACACAACUUAACUUGCAGAAAGGAAUUCACACAGGCGAGAAGCCCCUUAAAUUCUUUGAAUGUGGGAAGGUUCUCACUCAAAGCAUGAGCCUUAAAAGUCAUCAAGGAAUCCACACUGGGGAGAAGCCAGUAGUCUCAGUAUGUGGAAAUAAUUUCAGUCAGCUCAUGACCCUGAAAGCACAUAAAAAUAUCCACACAGCGGAGAAGACCUGCAAAUGCUCUGAGUGUGGGAAAAGUUUCAAUGUAAACCUUAAAUUACAUAAAAGAAUUCACACAGGGGAGAAGCCCUAUAGAUGCUUAAACUGCGGAAAGGGCUUUGCUCGCAGCAUAGACUUUAAGCGACAUCAAAGAACUCACACAGGGGAGAAGCCCCAUGAAUGUCCAGAGUGUGGAAAGAGCUUUGCUCAGAGUGGACACCUUAAGCGACAUCAAAGCACUCACACAGGGGAGAAGCCCCAUGAAUGUCCAGAGUGUGGAAAGAGCUUUGCUCAGAGUGCACAUCUUAAGCGACAUCAAAGAAUUCACACAGGGGAGAAGCCCUAUCAAUGCUUAGACUGCGGAAAGAGCUUUGCUCGCAGCACACACAUAAAACGACAUCAAAACACACACACAAGGGAGAAACCCUAUGAAUGUCUAGAGUGUGGAAAGAGCUUUGCUCAGAGCACAGACCUUAAGAAACAUCAAAGAAUUCACACAGGCGAAAAGCCUUAUCAAUGUCUAGAGUGCGGAAAGAGCUUUGCUCGCAGUGCACACCUUAAGCAACAUCAAAGCACUCACACAGGUGAGAAGACCUAUCAAUGCCUAGAGUGCGGAAAGAACUUUGCUCACAGUAGACAUCAUAAGUCACAUCAAAGAAUUCACAUGGGGAGAAGCCCUAUGAAUGCUUGAGAGUGUGGAAAGGGCUUUGCUCAGAGCACAAACCUUAAGGAACAUCAAAGAAUUCAUAUGGAGGAGAGGGAAUAAAAGUGCACGGGGUGUGGAAAGCAAUUCAAUCAGAGGUUGCUUGAGUAAAUGAUCUAUUUAGGUGAGGAGCGGUAUAAAUGCUUUGAAUGUGCAGAGCACUUUCUUCAGAAGACACACUAACUUGCCUCAAAAAUUUACUCAGGAGAACAAGGCCUUUCCUG